AUGCCUGAGGGAAAUGCGGAGCUCACCAAUUAUGUGAAGCAGAGAUGGACGGAAGAUCCUCGUCGUGAACAAACAAGAUCUUCUAACACGUUUGGUAGUGCUGGUGCAUCUUGGAGUAUGAAUAGUGGAAGAAGUGAGGCAGUCGCUGACGAUAGAGCUUUUACUCGAACGCGACCGGGUUACAGCGUAUCUCAGAGUUUGAUUGCUGAAGAUCCAAAGAUUAUUGAAGAGAGAACAAGGCUCGCUGGGGGGCUCGUGGAAUCCGGUAUUGCUUUGAACAAGCAGGGAACCUACGAUACCCUAAUGAAAGUUGUAAUGGGAUCAAUCGGUCCGAAAUAUUCUUCCGUUCCGAAUUUGAGGAAUCCGACAGUUGAUGUUGGCUCUUUUAGCAAACUGAGCGAAAGAGAUGUUGAUCGCAGCAGUAUUUCGUCAUCUGCGGAUCGUUCUGAUUAUAUGAAGCGGUCCUCAAAUCCUCUCGUAAGAUCUCCCCUGCUGUCUUUCUCGAGCGGUGAAGGAGUUAUCGAUGGAAGUCCUAUGCUUGACUCUUCCAUCAAAUUUCGUCGAAGCCUCAGAACCGCAGUGAUUCAUCUGCGGCAUCGUCAGAAUCCUGGCGAAGAAACACAUCUUCUGCAACGAAAAGUGAGAGCUGGAGAAAUCUCAAACACUCCACAACAGAGCUCUUGGAUGAAAACAGAUUCAUCAGAAUUACAAUUUAAUAAAGCUGUAGCAAGACCAGAAUAUGCUUUGCAGUCUUUUGAAAGGCCGCUAGCUUAUGCUGGAAGGGGAUAUCGUGGAGGAGGAGCGAACAGGAAUAUGAGGCGCUAA